AUGCACCAUAAAAGCAGCCUGAUAAAGCAUGAGGGCAUCUACAUAGAACAAAUUCAUUGUGGACUGCUCAAAAAGAAGAAGGAAGAUGCAGAGAAUGCUCUAGAGCUGUGCACCAAUGAAUCUGCUGAGAAUGAAAGGUGUGAAAGCAUAGAGCUUGAUGAUGAAAUAAGAAAUCUGAUAGAGAAGAACAGUAUUUCACAGUGCCAUGAAAACUCUGAGUUCAUUGCCCAAGAACUUGUGCUCAAACAGAUGACUUCGUGUUCCCUGAAGACCUGCAGUAAAACAGACAUCCAAAGCCACUGUCAACUGCCACAGACAGGCAUGAAUGGCCCGGAAACUUCAGCAAACCAGUCACAGUGUACGUUACUGACAAAAAAGAACAACAUACCAACAGAUACCCUUGAACAACAGAUCAGAAUAUUGGAAAGACAGAGACAAGAGCUGCUGGAGGUGAACAAGCAAUGGGAUCAACAAUUUCGAAGUAUGAAACAGCACUAUGAAAAAAAGCUUGCAGAAGUGAAAGCGAAACUGGGUGCAUCACAGAGGAGUGUCAGCGAGCUGGAGAAAGAAAGACAGCAGAAUCAGCAACAGUGUGAGAGGCUGCAAGCCCUGGCCAGAGAUGGACUGCUUCAGGAAGCGAAUGAAAAAGAAGUCCUAAAUGAAGCAUUGAAUGAACUGAAGGAAGAGAACAAGCUUCUGAAGGAACAAAAAGCUUCAGUGACCAAAAAGAAAGAGUACUAUGAAUGUGAAAUAAGUCGCCUCAACAAGGCCCUCCUGGAUGCAUUGCAAAAGCAGUGCCCGUCCUUUCUUGUGCCUCAUUUGGAUAAGGCUGACAGGAACUGCACCCAUGAAGAAAUGAGGACCCAAUUGGAAGUGCUCAGACAGCAGGUACAGAUAUAUGAAGAAGACUUUAAAAAGGAGAGAUCUGACCGAGAAAGACUUAAUGAAGAGAAGGAAGCACUGCAAAAACUUAAUGAAAGAUCACAGUCCCAACUGAACAAGCUGAAUUCUCAGAUAAAAGCAUGUUGGCGAGAAAAAGAACUUCUAGAGAAGCAAUUAAAGCAACAGACAAAAGACCUCCCUGUGCCAUCUGAGAGGUGCUGCUUCCCACCUCAGAUGUUCCUUCCAUCUUGUGUUAAUUAUGGAAACUGUGGAUUAGUUCUCCACUACCAAGACCCUCGAGUACACAUGGCAUCAAGGGGCAUGUAUGAUCAGCAACAGCACCCUCCAGAGUAUCAGUGGUAUGUUCCGGACCAGUUUCCGCCAGAUGUGCAGCACAAGGCAAAUGAUACUUCCUCAGAGAAAGAAGUCCAUCACUGAAAGCAUACGACCUAGAGAAGUGCAGAUGAAUUACACAUGCUCCCAUACUGUGAAAGACUGGGAGCUAGCCUGAUGUUUCCUUGUAACUUUAUUGUUCAUUGUUUUUUGCCUAUAACUCCUUAUGUCUCCAGUGCAUGUUAUUUGUACCUGGUGAAAUCCCCGUGGGGAUGAGGGUGGGAGUGAUGAUGGAGACACAGAUAGAUCCUUCACAGAUGUGAUCUUCAAGAACUGGUUAAAUUAUCUGGGGAAACACCACUCCCUUCUCUUCCUUUUGUGGAAGAUGCUGCACAUACUGGCUACAGGGAUCUAUAGAAACAUCUUAUGAUACAACAUUUAACUACUGCUGUGGAUUAAGAGGAUGCUGCAUCCGAUUUGAAUAUAAAAUGUUUAAGCACAUUAAUAUUGUGAUCUUGUGUAAGAAUCACAAUCCAUUUUAUUUAAUUUCUGAAAAUUAUUUGUUGUGCCAUUUUGAAUUCUGCACUCAUUUCGCUGCAUAUAUAUAUUUAUUGGAAUGAUAGCUCUUCAGAGAAGCGGCUGUCUGCUACUCUGUGUUUAUACAGUGCCUAGUAGGAAGGAGCCGCAUUUUUAGUGCACUUCUGUAAUAAACAUGAUUAUUAUUAAUAAUAGGUUGAUGCAAAUGGCAACCCUACUUUUUAACAUCAUUUGCAUAAUAACUAAUUGUGUCAUAUGUUGUUCAGUUUUCCAUGGUAGACACUGAACCUGCUCCCAUUUAAGUUAUGGCCAAUUCUUCCAUUUAUUUCUAUAGCAGAAAGCUUGGGCCUAAAGCCUGCAAAGGAUAUGAUCAUAAUUCUGUGUUUGUGCAUAUAUUUGUGUAAAUGGAAUAUUAAUGGAAAUAUUCCACUGAUUUAUACUGAUCGUGAAAACAAGUUUCUACUUAUAGAGGAUUUUAGUAAUUAAUAAUGCUAAACAUAAUUGUCCGACCUUUAAUUUGAGAACACAAUUACAUUUUAGAUAGAAUAGUUCUAUUUAAACCAUGAAACUUUAUAGGAAAUCAGCAUGACAGAUGUUUGGCAAAUACUGCAUGAUGUAAUCUGCUCACAGUAUUACUGCUCUUUCCCUUCAUAUAUUUAGUCGGACAGUUCUUGUAGGGAUUCUGCCACAGUCUGUUGGGGCUCUGCUUUACAUAGGGGUAAGUCUUGUGCCUUAAACAUUAGGUCACAUGAAAAGUCUAAUGGAUGUUCUUGCUAAAUCAGUAGACAUUUCUUAGUGUGAGUCUAAUUUCACACCACACUUUCCUAAAUUGUACCAAGGCAGAGUUUUCAAGUGGACCUACCAGCCCUCAUAGCCAUAUGCAGGAUAAUUCCCACAUUAAUAACAAUCCAUUUUUAUUCCCAUUAAUGUACAAAGACUUUUGCAUUAAAAUGAUAACCUUCCCGGAUUAAAUGUUUUCAGCAUUUGAAUUCAGACCCAAUGGAAAACAAUCCCUGGGAAAGGAUUUCUCUGCAAUUAAAUUAAUUCCUCCAACCGCUUCGUUUUUUGCAUUCAAGGAGACGAAUCCCGCCCUUCUUGGUCACGCAGACCAAGAGGGACAUGACCAAAAUCCUAAAUUAACCAUUCUCUGGAGAAUAACUAUUUUUUCAUGAUUUUUUAGAAACCUGUGGCAUAAAAGCCCAAGUGUCCAUUGAAGCUGCUAUCUCUGCAUGGGUAUGAAGCUGGCUUACAGACACUGUAGCAGCAGAUAAUUUAACUAGCAGACAACUCCUGAUUAAUGAUUUGGCUAAUAAGGGUGAGAUCAUGGAAAAUGCUAAUGCAGUGCCUUAGGAAAAUCCAAUUAUAAUGUAACCUAAUUCAAUUCAGACUCUCAGCAGGUGACCAGUGUUGUGGGAAGAAUACCCAACGCUCAGCUGUAGUGAAUGUUCAAAACAGACAAGCUUCUGUAUAUCUGGUGUUACAGCCAACAAACCCCCAUUUGAUUCACUUCAGCCCUUCUGCUCAACUAACUAUGAAGGUUGCGCCUUCUGUUUGUGAAGCUUAACUCAUUAUAUAGUUUGAGGAACCAUUAUCUGGCCUAAGCAGAGAUGACUCAACAUGAGUCAUUCAUGCUAAGAAAACAGAGUUUGCAUUGCUAACUUUUUUUUUUUCUUGGUAUGGACACAGUGUUUUUAAUGGUGAGUUGGCUAGAGCCUGAUUCUGUAAAUAUUUACUUGCACAAAUCUCAGUGACGCUAAUUGUGAGGCUUUGCUUCUAAUAUGGUGGGAGUGGAAGGAAGAGGUCUGUUUACGUUUUAUGUGAUGCUACAUUCCCCAAAUCCAGGCACUGUCUUCUCUCUGAAUUAGUGUUGUCACAUUAGAACAGCACACACCAAAGAACUGGUUUAUCUGUUUGACAGACAACUGGGGAGGGGUGGGGAAAUCAAUUAGAUUAAACUUACUGUGAUUCAUUUCUACGGAAUUGUUAUCUCCAGUUCCAGUGCUUUGUCCAAUCUGAAUAAUGGAGCUUCUUUCACAUUCUUUGGAAGAUUAUUCCACCUUUUAUAAGAUCUCCUGUUACUCCCCUAUCUUCAGUCAAUAUUUUUCUUUCCCAAAUAUCAUCCCAUUUCUCUUUUUUAACCUUCCCAUUUAGCUUUCUCCAAUUUAUUUGUAUUGCAGCAGUGGAUAAGGGGGACCAAAUAUGCAAUCAAGGAUGUGGCAUACUUUCGUGGCAGGCUGGCUUUUUCAUAAAGGUGUCUGUUGGAAGCUGUUUAAAGUUUGGGAGUGUUAAAAUAAAUUCUAGAGAACGGAGAUUAAUGGGCAGCAUAAAUCAAGCAGUCAGUGUUGACAUAUGACCAUGAUAAAGAAUUGCUGAGUCAUUUUUUAAAAUACUGAAAAUGGAACUUUAUUAGAAUAAGGAAAAGAGCUCCUUGGGGGAUUGGGGCCUUAGACUGUAACCUCUUUGCAGAAGAGAAUUGGGUGGUAUUCUCCAUUGUGUAAAGUGUUAUGUUGCUAUGUAAAUGGUCAUUAAUUAUAGCAAGAAUGCUUUCAAGCAGCUCAGCAACGAAGACCUUAUUUUCUGUGAAAACAGUAAUUUAUUAUACCCAAUUAAUUAAAAAAGUGUUUAAACAUGAGUUGUAGAGGUGAAAUAGACUAUUCUAUUUGAUGGCCCAUGUUGUACGCCAGCCAUGAGUCUGGGGUCCUCUUGAUGAUAAAAUGCCUUGAGGUUCUAGGAGCAUGAAAGGCCAUGUAAAAGCCUUAGUCUAGUCUAAGCAUUAGCAAGAGUUUGGCAUCACAUGACUACAAUUUAUGAUAAGCUAAAGCUCAGCCUCCCUAGCUCCAGUUUGUUUGUCUUGUCUUACCUUGAUAAACUGCAAGUUACAUUGGCAACCCCACCCCUCGCAUCACCUUUGCACUGCGUUUACAAUAUACCUUUACUUUGGUUGAAAUAAUCCCCAAAAUUCAAAAAUACCUGUGAGAUUUAUUUAAACCUGAUCUUAGUAUUUUAACUUUACAUAAGAGAUUUUUUUUUCUUCCCUUGCUGUAAAUGGUAGACAGUGUCUCUGAUUUUGUAGAUGCAAGUUGAAAGGUGUAUAAGCACCAUGGGAAAGUAAUGUAUUUUCUUGAUUAAUAAAACACACUCCCACCAUAAA